UGAUUGGCCGCGCGUAAUCGAGUGUUGACAAUUCUGGUGGUGUCGGCACUGGAGGAAGCGGCGGCGGGAUGAGCGGAUUUGGAGUGCCGAAGGCAAGCAAGCGCAGUCUGUCACAGAUCUCAAGGGAUGUUCCGUCGCCAAAAAGGAGGGUGUCGCAGCUGAAAGCAACGUCAUCUACGAAGCUACCUGAUGCAAACACAAAUGGCGGGUACGACUCGGAGGAAGAAACCGUUCUCCCGGACGACGUUGUUGACUCCAAGCUCAACGUGCUCGACUCGAACGUCGACAUACCAUCGUCGCCUCCAUUUGCAUGGACCCAAAUUGGGAGCGAGCAGCACACGGUCUCCUCCGCCCCACACAGAAACGACGACGACAAAUCUGCAUUCAUGGAGGCAUCGAACGUGGACGUCGCCUUGGUAGCCGAAGAUCCGAACACGUCGCUUCAUGGGAACGAGGUCGAUGCCAUCGAAGACGACGAACAAGAUGAAGUCAUGGAAGGAGAUGUGUCGAGUGGAGUCCAUCAUGCGUGGAGUGUCAUGCGGGGCCUCUGUACGCACCUAUCGCAUGCCGAAGUCGGCGCCAUCAAUCGCGGCCUCCCGCUCCACGGCCCUCCCGGGGCGGCGCCAACCACCGCCGCCAACGCUUUGAAAACCCGCUUCCGCUGGCCCGUCCGCAUGCAAAAUCUCUUGCGCACAUCAUUUGAGAUGUCCCCGAGCCCCAUCGACGUAACGUUGGACGACAAUGCCGACAACGACGAUGUCGCAGGAUUAAACCACCCCGACGAUGCAUCAUGCUUGCCAGCGCUUCCCGAGCCGUUAUGCGAUGCCGUGACCAGCGAAUUCCGCCGCCUCCAUCCACUUCCUGCAUUUCCGCCGAGUCACGAGUUGCCGUCGAAACUGUCCCAUAUCGUGCGAGACGCGGCCGUGUUUGCGGAUGUGCUGAUGGAGAUGCUCUUGGUUCGGAAUGCGGCCGCCCUGCAAGGCCACGAGCAGCAUUACUCGUCGUCCGCGUGGUCGUCAGUCCAAGGGAGACCGACUGCCAACUGGAAAUUUGUCGUCGAGUCGUUGGACUUUGCCAGGUCAUCAUCGCCACUCUCACUUUCGUCAGAAACCAAGGCACGCAUCCGAGCACGGUUGGGCGCUAUUUACGACGACUCGUGGAUGCACCCCACGGAGUAACAUUGAUC